AUGCCCCUUCCCCCACCCCCCCCGCCCUCAACAAGCCGCGACCCCACCGCCUCCCCCCCCGAGCCGCCAACGCGGUCGGGCUUGGCGCCACAUCCCACCCUGCGCCCACCCUUCGACCCGCCUCCCAGCCCGAGCCGCCAACGCAGUCGGGCUCAGCGCCGCAUCCCCCGCCCCCUGGCUCCCACCCCGCGCCCGCCUUCUGCCAGCCCCGAGCCCACCUUCUGCCAGCCCCGAGCCCGCGCCGCCAACGCGGUUGGGCUCGGCGUCACCUCCCUGCUUCCCGCCGUCUUUCGACCAGCCCCGAGCCAGAGCCGCCAACGCGGUCGGGCUUGGCCUCGCCUCCCACCCCCUGCGCGUGCCUCCGACAGCCCCGAGCCUCAGCCGCUGGCGCGGUCAGGCUCGGCCUCUUGCCUCCCGCCCCCCUUCGACAGCACCGAGCCCGAGCCGCCAACACGGUCAGGCUCGGCGUUGCCUCCGCCUCUGCCCUUGCCCCUGCCUCCACCUAGGUAG